AUGCAUGCUCAAGAUUGGUUUAUGGUAUUCAUUGGAUUUUUCCUCCCCCCAAUUCCUGUCCUUGUUAAAAGAGGGUUCUUUUCAGCUGAUUUCUUGAUUAAUGUGGUUCUUUGUAUUUUAGGUUUUUUCCCUGGUUUAUUACAUUGUUACUACAUCAUCCUGUGUUAUCCUUAUAGAGAGACUCAUUCAAGAUUAGGUGGUGAUGGUCAUAACCAUAGAACUAAUGAUUAUGGUACUAUGUAA